AUGUCAUUCUACUUUCUAACGAGCUUGAAAUUACCAGACUGUAGAAAGAUUACCAUACGUGAUUCUAGAGUUGAGAGGCUAGAGAAAAAUAAUACAGAUCAUGAAGCCAGGCUUGAGAUAUUGGAAUUGGGUUCCUUGUCAGUGAGCGAACAAACUCGGAAUGAUAAGGAAGUGACGCCAGAGAUGUAG